AAAUGUGUGCGUCCCUAAGUCUGACGCUUUGGGACGUCUGGCUUGGCAGAGCAGAGGCGGGCGGAGAUCCGCCGUCGGGGGCGGCGGCCUAGUCAGGAGCCGCGAAACCCCCGCCUCCCGCAGGUCCCGGAGGCUGCAGCGUCGCGGGGAACUAGGCUCAGGCCCGCGGCGGUAGUGCCAAAGAAGCCCUGCAGGGAGGCAGCCAUGAGGGCCGACUCCGGACUUAGGCUGGAGAACCAUCUGGGGCGGACCGGAAAGGCCAGGCCAGCUACCCGCACGCCCUCUCAUUCCCUCCGUGGCCCGAGGAGGCUGCGGGUCUGAGCGGCCUGUGCGACGCAGCCCGAUGACGCAUUGCGCCUGCGCGCGCGGCCGGCCGCGGCCGGUAUGAGCUGAGGGGCGUGUGAGCGCGUCCGGGAGCCGGCGGCCGCCGGGGACUUUAGAAAGAAUGGGAAAGAAGCAGGUGCGUCCUCCACGAGCCCUUCCACCUGUGCCAAGUGCUAUUCAAGAUGAUACUCCACUUAGUCAUCCUAAGAAGAAGAAGCCCAGAACAAAAACCACGCUAGGAAGUGCUUCUUUGGAAGGCUUUGUACAGACUGCUACUCGUAGGCCAUCUGAGGGUAGUGAGCCACCAAAUAAAGAACCCGUAGAGCAUCCAGAAGCCCCUGUUCAAAGGAGACAGAAGAAGACAAAGCUGCCUCUUGAAUUAGAGACUGCCUUCACCCAGAAGACAUCUAGUCCAUCUGUAUUACGAAAUGAAAAUGGUAUUGAUGUGGAGCCAGCUGAGGAGCCAGUUAUUCAAAAACCUCGAAGGAAAACAAAGAAAACCCAGCUAGCAGAAUUGCAGUAUGCCAAUGAGCUAGGAGUAGAAGAUGAAGACAUAAUUACUGAUGAGCAAAGUAAUCCGGAACAACAAUCUGUAUUCACUGUACCCACUGGCGUUAGCCAGCCUGUAGGCAAAGUGUUUGUGGAAAAAAGCCGGCGAUUCCAUGCCACUGAUCGGGCAGAGUUGAUAAAGACCACAGAAAACAUAGAUGUGUCGAUGGACAUGACGCCUUCUUGGACCACCAGAGAUGUUGCGCUUUCAGUGCACCGGGCUUUCAGGAUGGUUGGUCUCUUUUCUCAUGGCUUCUUGGCUGGCUGUGCUGUGUGGAAUAUUGUUGUGAUAUAUGUUCUAGCAGGAGAUCAGCUUUCUAACUUGUCAAACCUUCUGCAACAAUACAAGACCUUGGCGUAUCCAUUCCAGAGUCUUCUCUACUUACUCUUGGCUCUAAGUACAAUUUCAGCUUUUGACAGGAUUGACUUUGCUAAAACAUCAGUAGCAAUCCGAAAUUUUCUUGCCCUGGAUCCAACAGCUUUAGCAUCUUUCUUGUACUUUACUGCUCUUAUACUAUCUCUGAGUCAGCAAAUGACAAGUGACAGAAUCCACCUUUACACACCUUCUUCUGUUAAUGGUAGCCUCUGGGCAGCAGGAAUUGAGGAACAGGUUCUUCAGCCCUGGAUCGUGGUGAAUCUGGUGGUAGCCCUUCUGGUUGGAUUAUCUUGGCUUUUUUUGUCUUAUAGGCCAGACAUGGAUCUUAGUGAAGAGUUGAUGUUCUCCUCUGACGUGGAAGAAUAUCCUGAUAAAGAUAAAGGAAUCAAAGCCUCUUCAUAAUGCCAACUCACCUGCAGAGGAAUAUAACCCAGUAUUUAGAAUUUUUCCCAUUUUUUUAAAAAUGUAUUUUUAUAAGAUAUGUACAGAUGUAUUUAGAAUUGAUUUUUUGAUUAAUACUGAAAAAUUUCUCAAGAUUAUGGGAAAAAAUGGUAAAAUUGUAUCUGCAAAAUUAACCCACAUGUUAAUCUCAGUAGCAUUAUCUCAUUGGCAAAGAAGAUAAUGAGCCAGAGACCAGUAGGUGAAAGGAUUUAUUUCCUUUUUUUCCUCAAAUUAGUUGCAUUUAUAAUCAUUAUCUUAAAAAACACUAAUACAGAAAAAACCAUAACUUUAGUGUUACAAAAUAUAUAUCAGGUUUAAACAUAAAUUUAGGGAAUGGGGAAAGGGGGAAAAAAAGGACCUUCAUUAUUUAUUUUUGAUAUCUCCUUACUGAAUUAAUUGAAAUAUAAAAUUUGUCUUUUUUGAAAGUGGCUUAAUGGUUGUAUAUUAUGUAAUAAGUAUAAUGUAAUGUAAUUUAGCUCAAAAAAUGCUUUACUUCAUGGCUAAUAAAAAGAAAAU